CGCUGCGCAUUGUGACGCAGAGUCAGCUGACUGCAGGCGAAGCCUCCAUCCUUCUCACGACCUUCAUCGUCUCGCUGUUUUUUUGCGGUUCUGCCCGGUUCUGUCCCCGGUUCUGCCCGGUUCUGUCCCCGGUUCCGUCCCCGGCAUGGCGAGUCAGUCUCAGGGCAUCCAGCAGCUGCUGCAGGCCGAGAAGAGAGCGGCGGAGAAGGUGACGGAGGCCCGGAAACGGAAGAACCGGCGCCUGAAGCAGGCCAAGGAGGAGGCCCAGGCCGAGAUCGAGCAGUACCGGCUGCAGCGCGAGAAGGAGUUCAAGACCAAGGAGGCCGCGGUGAGUCGGUUCUGACCCGGUUCUGAUCCG